GAAGGCGGUUAAACCCCAGAGCAUACCUGAAAACGGCGCCGCGCUUAGGGUUUUUGAGUCUACUUCUUCUCUUUGGUUUGAAAGUUCAUUUUUUUUUCUUUCUUUUUUGAUUCUUAAAAAUCCCAAAUCGUUCUCUCCUUCGUUUCGAUUGUUAAAGAAAGGAAAACAAGAAAGGAAUGGCGAGUUCUAUAGCUUCUCAGCUACAGGCUAUCAAAACGUUUAUUCAAGUUGAGAAUGAACCUCAAAAGCGUCCUUUAACUCGCCCUUCCAUUUUGUUUAACCCCAAAGAAGCUGCUGAUAUUGAUAUUGAUACUAUUCUGGACAUUGCACUGUCAGGGCUAGAGAUUCUAGUAGGCGUGGACGAAAGGUUUAGAAACUGCAAGAAUGAUUUGUUCAAUCUCAAGAGUAAAGAAUUGGAUAGAGAAUUGAUGGGAGUAGAUGAAAAUAAUCAAAUUAAUGCCUCGAUAAGUUCGUAUUUGCGGUUACUAUCAGGACAUCUUCAACUUCCUGCCUCUCUUAAAACACUUGAGUACUUGAUACGUCGAUACAAGAUUCAUGUUUACAAUGUUGAGGAUUUGGUUUUAUGUGUGCUUCCAUACCAUGACACGCAUGCAUUUGUUCGAAUAGUUCAGUUAAUCAACACAGGGAAUAGUAAAUGGAAAUUUUUGGAUGGUGUUAAAGCCUCUGGUGCACCGCCUCCUAGGUCUGUUAUAGUGCAACAAUGUAUUCGAGAUAUGGGAGUUUUGGAGGCCUUGUGCAACUAUGCAUCUCCGACAAAGAAAUUUCAGGCAUCAAGACCAGUGGUUAGCUUUUGCACUGCAGUUAUUGUUGAAGUUUUGGGUUGUGUUGCAACAAUUGACAGUGACAUUGUGAAGAGAAUCCAUCCGUUUGUAGCUUCUGGUCUUCAAUUUGGUGUAAAAGGAGGUUCUGAUCACAAGGCCGGUGCUUUGAUGAUUGUUGGAUUACUAGCAAAUAAAGUGGCAUUGGCUCCUAAACUUGUAAAUAGUUUGAUUCGAACAGUUGCUGAGGUUGCUAGGGAAGAUGUAAAAGAGUCAACUGAUUUGCAAUGGUUUCGGUUGGCCCUUAUGGCUUUGAUAAAUCUUGUUCAGUCACAGUCUGUUGAUGUAUUCCCAAAGAAGGCUUUGGAAGCUUUGAGGGAUAUCAAGGAUAUUGGUGCUGUUCUUCUGGAACUAUCCAAGGAAUUUAACAUCGAUAGAUUCCUUGCCAUACUGUUGGAAGCUCUGGUUGAUCAAAGUUCUUCUGAUGACUCAUAUCAUCUUGCUUUAAUAUCAGUAAUAGAUUCAGUUCCUCUGAGGAAUUUAGUGGAUCCUAUUGUCUCGAAGAUUCUACUAACCUGCAUGAAAUUAUCUGAGAGGGAUGGCAAAUUGGUAUCUUCUGAAUCAGUAACCUGGGCCAAGAAUGUUUUAGCUACUAUUAAGAAGAAUUAUCCAUCACAAUUUCAUGGAGCUGUUCACAAGUUCCUAGAGGAUGCCAAAGUACAAUCCAAGAAAGAAGACACUGUAUGUGAGUUCUUGAGUAAAAUAUUGGACGGGAAUUUAGAUUUAUCAAUAGCCUUCUCAGAGUCCAAAAUCUGGUUUGCAUCACACCAUCCUAAGCCCGAGGUUCGACGUGCUACAUUUUCAGGGCUUAACCGAUCUGCUAUUGUUAAAAUGAAGUCUCUUGAUGCACAGAGGCUUGUAGCCGUUAAAGAUGCUGUAUUGCGCCAGCUUCAUGAUGAUGAUUUAACAGUAGUUCAAGCUGCUCUGUCUGUGGAUGGAUUGACUGAAGUAGUUAGUCCUUUGGAUCUUCUUGAAGCAUUACGUGAUGUGCUUAAGAAAUGUCUAAGUUUUCUGACAUUAGGUUCGUCAGUUAACUCUACUUUGUCUUGUGAUGUUGCUGUUUCAUUCCUAAAGAUUGCCAUGCUCAGCUUCCAUGAUCAGAUAGAUUAUUUGAAAGAAGUUGCUUCCAUGAUAUUCUCACUACUACUAAUUUUGCCAGAGACUCAUAGGUUGAGCUUGAAGGUUUUGGAUUUGGCCAAGACAAUAAAAUGGCCAUUUUUCCAGACACUUGCAGCUGCAUCUGGGGAGGAAGUGUUGCAGAAAUUACUGUCAGGAUCCUCUGUUGAUGUGGAGGCUGUUGGCAGAUUUGAGAAGAAAAUGCAGAAGCGUGGCACUGUAUCUACAGUUAAUAUGGAAAUUGUUAGAUUUCUAUCGGAAGAGUUCUUGAUGCAACCUACUGAGUAUAUGCCUUGGCUUACCAGAAGUUGCGACAACUUUAAAUCAUCAAAGACCCUUCUCUUUUUGGUUCUGAUGCAGUCAUUUUCUAUGUCGAUAGACGAUGGAAAAUUUUUGGUACUUUUUGAUGCUUGCUUUCCGGUUCUGAAGUCUCAGUGGGAAGCUUUUGGGUCUACACUUGGCAACUCUCUACAUGAGUUCAAUGAAGAGAUGCUUGAUUGGGAUUGCAAAAAGUUUCUAGAUCAGCUUUUUGUUGCUGAUGUUGAUACAGUAAAUAAGAAUAUUCUUAUAUGCCUAUUCUGGAGGUUACUUGAUUCAGCAGUCAAUGCUGAAUUCUUUCUGGAUGACAAUGAGAAUGGUAUUACCCGAGUUCAGGAUUUUUUCAUCUUUGUAGCCGGUUCUAGUUUGAAGGAUGCAUUCAAGAAACACCUUCAAGAGCUUGUUGAGAAGCAUCUACAUGACUUCCUUACAAAGUGCAAAGUUUCACCUGUUCGAUUUCUGUCUAGGUUUUAUACAGCAGAAGAAGUUCCUGCUGCAGUUCAAGUAGAGAGCCUUCAUUGUUUCUCAUUUCUUUGUUCUCAGCUAAAUGAUAGACUACCAUUUGAACUUUUGGCUGAAUUUCCCUCGCUUCUUCUUCCACUCACCAGUGACAGUCAGGCUACUAGGAUUGCUGCCAUGGACUGUUUUGAAAAGCUAUAUAAAUUGUGGUGUCAAGUGGACUUCUCCAGCAAGAAAAAUGGAAAUACUGCAAUUUGGAGCCAUUUUCUUGAUGAACUUUUGGGCUUGAUGGUUCAGCAAAAGAGGCUUAUAUUAUCUGACAAGAAUUUCCUCCCUUCUUUCUUGACAUGUUUGCUUGGCUCGUCUUGUGAGAGCAUUUUGGUUUCUCCAAACAUUGAGCAAAGAUUUACUAAAUCUACAAAGGAGAAAAUUCUGGCUUUCAUAUUAAGUUCUGCUCUAAAUCUCUCUGAAUCUGGAAAGCUAAAGGUUUUAUCUUUGCUCAAAGGAUUAGGGAAUGCUAUUCUGCAUGUUAAAGAGAUUGAGGCAUUAUUAUCUCUGCUUCUGAGAAAACGAAGUCAAUGCUAUUUUGACCUGGAAAACUCAUCCCUCAAAUUGUCAGAAGCUGAAAUUAUGAUCCUGUGCUUGCUUUUGGAGAUGUGUAUUUUGCCCUCGUCUCUUGGUGGACAGUUUUCUGAACAUGUGUUCAAGGCAUUGCAAUUGGAUUCUAAGUCUCCAGAAGACCCUGCCAUUAAAGAACCCUGUAUUACUGUUUUACAAAAGCUGAACAGUCAAUUCUACAGUGGCUUGACAAAUGAGACACAGGGUCAAAUGUUUCGACAGCUAGUGCUUUUGUUUCACAACAGUAAUAGUGAUAUUCAUAGUGCAACCAGAGAUGCAUUGCUGCGUUUAACUAUUGCUUCGUCUACAGUAGGUGAGAUGCUUGAUCUUGUAUUUAAGGAGGAUCCAGUCGCAAUUGUUUCAGCUGAUGGAAAGAAGAAAAAGAAAUCAGCUGCUAAUCCAAAGCCUGGUUAUGAUUUAGUUUUUAAAGGAGAACAGACUCUCUAUUUUCUUAGCUCCCUUCUUGAUGUGUUGCUUCUGAAGAAAGACAUAUCAAACAGGCAGUUCCUUGUCGGUCCCUUAUUUAAGCUUAUCAGGAAAGCAUUCUCCGAUGAAUGGGUACAUCGUGUUCUCGCUCAAGAUGGAAGUUGGAUACAAACUUCUGGUGUUCCUCAGUCGAAGUCUACUGUAAUUGUUUAUGUACAGAAAACAUUAUUGUUAAUUCUGGAUGAUAUUUUUGCUUCAUUCAUGGAUGGAAGUAGUCCCCUGAAGGAUGGCAUAAUGGAUAAAAUUGACGUCAAACUGCUGGUUGAUUGUGCUCGUUUGACGACGGAUGGAGUAACCCGCAAUCAUGUCUUUACCCUGUUAUCCACUAUUUCAAAGUUAGUUCCUAAUAGGAUAUUGGAGCACAUACUGGAUAUACUUAUGGUUAUUGGAGAAUCUGCAGUCUCACAGAUUGAUAGCCAUUCUCAACAUGUGUUUGAAGAUCUUAUAUCUGCUGUUGUUCCAUGCUGGCUAUCUAAGACCAACAAUACAGAAAACUUGCUUCGGGUUUUCGUAAACAUAUUGCCUGAAAUUGCUGACCAUAGAAGGCUGUCGAUUGUUGCAUUCUUAUUGAGGAUUUUGGGGGAGAUUGAUAGUUUGGCUUCAUUGUUUGUCCUCCUUUUCCGUUCAUUAGUUUCAAGAAAAGGACUAUCUUGCCUUACAGAUACAUUCGCUUCAGAUAGUUUCUUGUAUUCUGCACACCAAGACUGGGAGUAUGCCUUUGCCAUACAAAUAUGUGGGCAGUACUCGUGCCGGGUUUGGCUUCCUUCUCUAUUAAAGGUUCUUCAAGUAAUGAGACCGAAUGAUCUCACUCAAGAAGUGUUUAUGCAAUUCUUCUUUGCCAUGCAUUUUGUUUUAUACAAAUUGCAAGACCCAGAAUUUGCAUUGAAGCUUGAAUCUAGGGAGAACUCAGAUAGCAUCCAGAGAAAACUUGGAGAACUUGUAGAGCAGGUCGUCUUUCUCUCACAAGUUGUUGAUGCAAGAAGAAAGCAAAUAGGAAUUCCAGUUGGAAGUUGGAAAGAGUUUAAGGCAUGUGUGCAUGCUAUAUUGAAGACAAUUACAAUGAGUAUGAUGCCUUCCACAUGCUUUGAAUGCAUCACCAAAUUACUUGGCAAUGCGGAUAACACUGUGAGAAAGAAGGCUCUCGAGAUAUUAUGUGAAACACUUAAGGACCAUGUCUCUGUUAAGUCAAAGCGCAAGGAAAAAAGAGAUCUGGAUCCAAAUUCAAAUAGCUAUGAGCUCCAUUUGGAUGAUACUGCUCUUGAAUAUUUUCAGAAGAUGUGUGCAGAAAUUGUUCAGAUAGUUGAUGAUUCUAUUGAUGAAUCAAAUGUGUCAUUGAAACUGGCUGCACUUUCAACACUGGAUAUCCUGGCACAGAGGUUUUCUUCUAAUCAUUCAGUCUUUGGCAUGUGCCUUGCAUCAGUUAUGAAAGGCAUCAGUUCAGACAACAUGGCUGUCUCUUCCAGCUGCCUUAAAACAACUGGCACAUUGGUUAAUGUCCUUGGACCAAAGGCUCUGGCUGAGCUUCCUUGUAUGAUGGAAAAUGUUAUUAGGAAGUCUCGUGGAAUAUCUGUGAGUUCCAAUUUAGAAAGCAGAAGUGAUGAAUCUACUUCCAUUUUGCUGUCUAUUCUUAUAACUUUGGAAGCAGUUGUUGAGAAGCUUGGGGGAUUUUUAAACCCAUAUCUUGGAGAUAUCAUAGAACUAAUGGUACUUCAUCCUGCAUAUGUGUCAGCUUCAGAUCUAAAGCUGAAAACCAGAGCUGAUUUAGUGCGAAAGCUCUUGACUGAUAAGAUACCUGUUCGACUUACUUUUCAGCCUUUGCUAAAGAUAUACUUGGGUGCUGUUAAAUCUGGGGAUUCAAGCUUGGUGAUUGCUUUCCAAAUGUUAGCAGAUCUAGUUAGUAAAAUGGAUAGGACAUCAGUUAGUGGUUUCUAUGGAAAGAUUUUUGACCAAUGCAUGGUUGCUCUUGAUUUGCGUCGGCAACACCCUGUUACAGUUCAAACUAUUGAUGCUGUAGAAAAAAGCGUCAUCAAUGCGAUAGUUUCUCUUACAAUGAAACUAACAGAGAAUAUGUUUAAACCUCUUUUUGCCAAGAGUAUUGAGUGGGCCGAGACAGAGUUUCAAGAUGUUGCUGGUAGUGGAACCAUGAAUAUUGACAGGGCUAUAUCAUUCUAUAGCCUGGUUAAUAAACUUGUGGAGAAUCAUAGGUCUUUAUUUGUCCCCUACUUCAAGUACUUGGUCAAGAGUUGUGUACAGCUGCUUAGUGAUUCUGCAGAUAAAGCUUCUGAUUUAGUACGGAAGAAAAAGAAAGCCAAGGUUCAGGAGGAUGGGAAUAUUGUAAAUGGCGGCGUAUCACUUAAAAGUUGGCAUCUUAGGGCAUUGAUCUUAUCAUCACUACACAAAUGUUUUCUCCAUGACACUGGAAGGCAGAAGUUUCUCGAUUCAUCAAACUUUCAGGUUUUAUUGAAGCCCAUUGUUUCUCAGCUUGUCAUUGAGCCUCCAACUUCCGUUGAAGAGCAAAUCGAUGUACCGUCUCUGAAGGAAGUAGAUGACUUGCUGGUUGUUUGCAUAGGUCAGAUGGCUGUUACUGCUGGAACUGACCUGCUGUGGAAGCCCCUGAACCACGAGGUAUUGAUGCAAACACGGAGUGAGAAGAUGCGUGCUCGAGUGUUGGGGUUGAGAAUAGUUAGGGAAUUUCUGGAGAAAUUAAAAGAAGAAUAUUUGGUACUGCUACCAGAAACCAUCCCCUUCCUAGGUGAAUUGCUGGAAGAUGUGGAGUUACCGGUCAAAUCAUUGGCACAAGAUAUCCUCAAGGAGAUGGAGACUAUGAGUGGUGAAAACCUUCGCGAAUACCUCUGAUGACAGUCAGGAUAUGGUAAACCAUUACCCCAUUUUUCAUUUAUCUGGGGAAAAACCAUUGUAUGAGAAAAGGGUUGAAUGAGGUAAGACAGCAAGUCUCAACUUUCAGUUUAAAAUUAGUUAUUAUAGGAAGCUUAAGUUAAAGGUUAAAUAGUACCUGCCAAAUUUUGUACGCCUUGGCCAAUCCUUCAUUUAUUUUAUACCAGUGUCAGUUUUGUUAAUGUAAUAUAAUUAAUUUUUUAAUUUUGUUAUGAAGCUUUUGCAGCUGUUUGUUUGUACUUUGUAUGAACAAGAGUAAUUAUGAUGCAUUAAUUAUCUUUUGGUGGAAGUAAAGAAUUAAAGGUACAAAUUAUGGAGAUACAAUAAUAGUUGAAUAUUGGCAUUUA